CGCUGCUCGGGGAUCGGACGGCUGUGCCCGCAUCUGGAUUUCCAGUAUGAAUAGCUCGACCCCAGAAGCUUUUCCAGUUUCCUACACCUUUUCGAAUGCCUAUGUAUGAUUGCUGCUUUUCGACCUGCACAUGUAGUGACUCUGUUCCAUUCAAGGUGUCAUGAGCGCUUCACCUAUCUCGGCUUAUAUGUAAGCGUCGCAUUCCUCCUGAUUCAUUGUCCUUCUCCGGGGUUGUAUUAGCGACAUCGGCAUUAUUAUCGAAAAAACUUCACCGACGACCAUAUUCCCAUUAUUAAGCUCCCAUUAUCAAAUCACGAGGAAAACUCUUGUUCCUUAGAACUCUGCCCUGCCAGAUCAAUCGGUGAUAGGCAUCAUGGCACUUACACCGCCAACACCGCCGGACGUAGGGUUUGUUGAGGCAUCUUCAACCGAUGAUGAUGUCACCUCGGAGCAAAAGAUAAACAUGGCCGACGAAAAAGCUCAGGAAUUGCCUCUCGAAGAGCCAGCCGCAGCUACUGGACCCGUAGUAGGACCUCCUCCUGACGGUGGCCUCUGGGCAUGGCUUCAAGUUGUGGCCGGACAUCUGAUUGUCUUCAACGUCUGGGGCUAUACCAUCAGCUUCGGCAUCUUCCAGCCUUACUACGUGGAAACCCUCAACCUAGGACCCUCAGCCGUGUCUUGGAUCGGAAGCACCCAGACCUGUCUCAUCUUUCUCGUCGGUACAUUCUCCGGCCGUGCGUUUGACGCUGGAUAUCUCCGCCAUGUCUUGGCAGUGGGACUGCUCAUGCAACUGGUUGGUAUUUUCACAACAAGCGUGUCGACGACGUAUUGGCAGCUCUUUCUUGCACAGGGACUGUGCCAGGGCAUCGGCUGCGGACUCACGUUUGCACCAACGAUUGCCCAUGUGUCGACAUAUUUUUCCAAGAAGAAGACUCUGGCUCUGGCGAGCGCAGCUUGCGGCGGCGGAACUGGAGGCGUCAUAUUUCCGUUGAUUGCGCAGCAGCUGAUCUCCAAGGUUGGAUUUGGGUGGACGGUACGAGCAAUGGGCCUUGUGGUCCUGGUGACCAGCGUCAUCAUCCUGUUGCUGAUGAGGCCGAGGCUGCCUCCCCGCAAGACGGGCGCCUUGGUUGACUGGUCAGCUUUCAGAGAAGCGACAUAUAUCCUGUUUGCAAUCAGCAUGUUCUUCACGCUUUGGGCAACCUAUUUUGCGUACGACUAUGCCCGCUCGUAUUCUAUAGACCGACUUCAUGGCUCUCAGCCAGAAUCUUUCAAUAUGCUCAUGAUAAUCAACGUGGUUGGCGUUCCGGGACGACUUAUACCUGCAUACCUAGCCGAUCGAUACUUUGGAGCCGUCAACGUCUUUAUCCCUACGAUUAUUGGUACGGCCAUCUGCAUCUUUGCUUGGGCAGGCGUCGAUUCUAUCACUGGAGACUAUGCCUGGGUCGCUUUCUUUGGUUAUUUUGGCGCUGGUGUUCAGGCACUGUUCCCUGCAACAACUGCGAGCCUGUCCAAGGACCUGAGCAAGGCCGGCAUCCGAAUCGGCAUGAUAUUCACGAUAAUUAGCGUUGCGGCUCUUACCGGCCCGCCAUUAGCAGGAAAGCUGAUUGUCAGUGACGCCUCCACAUCUCUGGCACCGAGCCUCCUCCGCCGCGCGCAGUCGCUGUCUGCGGAACACGAUGACCUUCAAAAGAGCCUCAACAGCUCAUUCGAUGCCGGCAAGGCCAAGCGCGCUGGCGAACUUGGCCGCGUAGCCUCUGCGCUGCGAGCCUGGGAAAAGGCCCAGUCGUCAAUCACAGAGCUUGCUUCCAUGGCGGAGGACCCAGACCAAGACCCGGACCUUGCAUCGAUUGCGCGAGACGAACUAGAGGGGGAACGAGCAAAGUUGGACCUCCUGGAGAGGAAGCUCAAAGAGAGUCUGACUCCCAGACAUGCCUUUGCCGAUCUGCCGUGCAUGGUUGAGUUUCGACCUGGGCCGGGAGGUCUCGAGGGCAGAUAUUUCACCGACACGCUGUUCAAGAUGUACAAGGCCAUGUGCGCGCGACGAGGCUACAGGGCCAACGUGCUCAAAUAUGAAAUGGCCGAGGCUGCGGGCGACCAGUCUUCCUCGUCUGGCGAGCAGCCAGUCCAGGAAGCCAUCCUCGAAAUCCAGGAUCCGGGCGCAUACGACAUCUUCCGCGGAGAGGCUGGCAUGCACCGUGUGCAGCGUAUCCCGAGCACAGAAAGCAAAGGCCGGGUGCACACGAGUGCUGUGGCCGUGUGGGUGCUGCCUUCAUUUCCUGAAGGUGGUAGCGGCGGUGACAACGUCGAUAUCGAUGACCCGGAGAGCGACUUUUAUGUCAACCCUCAGGAGGUGAAGAUUGAGACGAUGCGGGCAAGGGGUGCUGGCGGACAGCAUGUCAACAAGACCGAGUCGGCCAUUCGCAUGACGCACAUUCCUACCGGCACCGUCGUCUCCAUGCAAGAUCACCGUUCGCAGCAGCGCAAUCGCGAAGAUGCAUGGAAGGUGCUUCGUUCUCGCAUUGCCACUCAGCGCGCCGAACAGCGCGAAGAAGAGGCUGCCAAGCUUCGAAGCAGCGUGCUGUCGCAGGCGCAAAUUACGCGAGGCGACAAGAUACGCACGUACAAUUACAACCAAGACAGAUGUACGGAUCACAGGGCUGGGCUGGAUGUGCACAACUUGCCAAACGUGUUGGAGGGCGGAGAGACAUUGGACAGAGUGAUGGAGGCUGCGAGAGAGUGGCUGGUGGGAAAGGAGGUUGAGUUGUUGGUCAUGGAGGAAGAGGCCAAGGCGAAGAAAUGA